GUGAUAAAAGUUUAUUUAAAUAUUUCUUCCUCACUAAUGUUCGACUAUACUAAACGCAAUAUUUUAUCGCUAACUAAUAUUACUUUAAAUUACACAAUAUCGAUUUUGGAAUAAAACUUAUACACAAUUAUAAGAACAAGUAAAAUGCAAAUGAGUAACAUUACAUUUGUUUUACAAUACCAACAGGUACAUAGAAAUAGGCGUAUCUUCAAAAAUAGUUAAAUUUAUUUAUUGCUUCGCUUAAUAAUUAAUCGCCGUACUCAGUCAUUUAAUGAUUACUCAAACUAUUCCUUAGUAACGAUUUUGUAUCAAAAACAAUUGCUAAGGAAUGGAUUAAGUAACUAUUAAAUGACUAAGUACCGAGGUAAGUAGUUAUUUACAAAAAGUCCAUAAUUUUUAUUCCAUUUUUGUUAAAAAUUUCGUACAUCCAAUUUGCGAGUUUAUGAAAUAUUGACAGAUAUAAUCAACAAUAUUAGGUAAUUAUUACAACUGAUUUCUGUAUUUUCUCAAUAAAAAGUAAGACAAAAUUUUAUACUUAAUAUCUAUUUGUAUAGAAAACAGUUUUAUUUUGUAUCAGUUUAUUUUUAUAUUCAGAAAUUAUCCCUUGUCAAAGUGCAUUUAGUUUAGGUUUUGUGAAAAUUGCAGAAAUCAAGAAAUGAAUAGAUUCUGAUAUUUACAAUGCUUAUUUCGUGAUUUAGUAUACUUAUAGAGCAUUUAAGAUAUCAAAAAUAAAAUAGAAAACUAUUUUCGUAAUAAAAAUACAAUAUACAUCUUGAUAACGAAAAAAACUGUCCAUUUCACUUAUUGGUGAAUUACUACUGCACUCAAAAUCAUUUAAUGUUUAUUUAUGCCCGGUUCCUAUAUUUAACGAACCGUCGUGGUAUAAGAACUACUAUCCGUUUUUCGAGUACGGACUACGUCUCGUUAUUACCGUUCCACAAUUAACUUUCUUUACCUGCUGUCAACGAACAUCCGUUGGUUAUUGAAAUACAGAGCCCUCUUCACUUCCAGGCGUGCGUUUCGUUAUAAGCAAAAUUGAAAUUUAAAAUAACACAAAAUUCAAAAUAAAUUAAGUUAGAUUUACAUACAAAUGAAUCAUUUAGUUUUUUUAGGAUAUGUAACUAACUAUACCAUUGCAGGCAUCGGCUUGAUAUGUUUUUUUCCUUACCAACACAAUUGAAUGCAUCUUACACUAGGAACGGAACGUAAGUUUCCCUAUGCAUACUUAUUAUAAUACUCUUUGCACUGACGCUUGACAUCCGUCAAACUUUGUAAGCGCGAGCAUUCAAAUUCUUUUCCUUUUCACAAGGGCCGUGUAAAAUAAGAAUUGAGGUGUUAUUGUCAUUUGAAAAGAAGUUACCUAUUUUUUGAAAUGGAUAUUACGCCGGUGAGUACCUAAAGAUAACAUCUUGUAUGAGCUAUUUCUACAAAGUUGUACAUUUUGCUUCGGUAAACCCUCAUUCAAGAAUACUUAUUUAUAUUACAGAAAAUAAAGAAGGUUAUGAGCAAAGAUGAGGUUUCACUACUCGUGGAUUUAAUCCAAAGCCACCCAGUAGUAAUUACCAAAGAGACCAAUGCUGCCACCAACAAACUGAAGGAGGAAUCGUGGAUUUCUUUAACGAACAAAUUUAAUUCAAAAAGUGGUCAAAUACCACGUCAGGUCGGUCAGCUUAAAUUAAAAUGGGACAAUUUAAAAAAAGCAGCUCGUAAGAGAGCUGCCAAUAUAAGGAUGAACAAUUUAAAGACAGGUGGUGGCAAACCAGAUUUCAUUCCACCCGAUGAAAUUCUUGAGAAAGUGGCAAGUGUUUUGGGACCCACAUGUAGUGGGUUUGAUGUUCCAUUUGGUGGUGAUGGAGUAGGUGCUACAGAAAAUGUGAAUGAAAUCUUUGAAUUGGACAAUGCUGAUUGGAUGCAAAUUCCUGAACAACUUAACACAAAUGUUGCAUCAGUUAACAUCCAGGAAGAAUCACUUUUGCCUACAUGUCCAAAAAAGAGGAAAAUAGACGAUAGUUCCCAAGCUGGUACUUCAGAAGGCAACACACGCGAACCAGGUGCUAAACAUAUAUAUGGAAUGAUGUCUAAGCCUCUGCAAAGCAAAGCCAAAAAGUUUAAAACGAACCAGGAUGAUGGACGGCUCCAAUGUAAUUUGGCAAUGGCAAGAUACUAUGAUAAAAAGGCAGAAAAAUUAGAUAUAGAGAUUAAAAUAUUGAAAUUGGAGUUAGCCAAUAAGGAAAAGAAUUGUAAUAAUAAUAUUUAGUUUUCUUCCAUUUACAUAUUUAGCACCUGAUUCGCCUGUGUUGCCUUCUGAAGUCCCAGCUUGAGAACUAAAGUCUGUUUUCCUCUUUUUUGUACAUGUAGGCAAAAGUGAUUCAUCCUGGAUGUUGACUGAUACAUCAUUUGUGUCAAGUUGUUUAGGAACUUGCAUCAAAUCAUCAGCAUUGUCCAAUUCAAAGAUGACAUUUUCUGUAGCACCUACUCAAUCACCACCAAAUGGAACAGCAAACCCACUACAUGUGGAUCGCAAAACACUUGUCACUUUCUCUAAGAUUUCAUCGGGUGGAAUGUAGUAAUGUAAUAAUGUAAAAUAAAACAUAUAAUAUACAAAUUUGUUAAUUUUAU